AUGUCUGGGCUGUGUGCAUCCCUCGGAACAGACCGCAUAGAAACGGAAGAAACUUUCUGCACGACGAGGAGUAAUCCGCAGCGAGUGGGUUACAUGGCCGAGGACGGCCGAGGGGAAAGAGCACAAGAGGGAAUUGAAUUGAUAAUGCUGUACGAAAGGUACCCCGACAACAUGCGCGCACACAACUUGCUUUUGGUUUGCUUGACCAACGAUCACUGCCAGCAGGGCUAUCUGCCAUUCGUUUUAACCAGGGAUGCCCAUUAUGCUGCUGUGCCGCAGUCGAAGAGCAUACGCCGUAUCUUCCAUAACGGGCGCCAUGCAACAGAUGUCGAGCAAGUUGGGCAAAUUGGUUCAGCGGAACAGGGUCGGGUCGAGCACAUGGCCAGCCCUGUGAUGGCGACAAGUCCGUUUGGAACCAACAGCGGAUUGUGA